AUGGCCACCUCAUCUGAGUCAGACACUCGGCACCGAAAAUCUGAAUCUGACUUCCUGCUUAUACCAGCGUGCAUUGUGGACAAACAAGCGGGAAAGGUUAAGAACAACAAGAUUUUAAAGUGGCGAUUGGAACUAGCACCUUUCUCUUAUGACAUAGUGUACCGUUCUGGCAAGGAAAACGUAGUAGCAGAUGCAUUUUCACGAGUUUCAUCUUCCAUCUCUUGUAGAGAUUUCGAAAAACUCCGUAGAAUUCAUUGUGACAUUGGGCAUCCUGGAAUAGUACGGAUGGUUCAUUUCUUAAAAAGUAAAAAUCUCCCUUACUCUAUCGAAGAUGCCAGGCGAAUGACCGCUUCAUGCUCUGUUUGUGCGGAAGUGAAACCUCGGUUCUACCAAAAAACCCCAUCAACACUCAUCCAUGCAAUGGCUCCUUUCGAGAGACUUAACAUUGAUUUUAAAGGGCCAAUACCAUCUGUGUCAAGGAAUAAAUACAUACUCACGGUUGUUGAUGAGUUUUCAAGAUAUCCGUUUGCUAUUCCUUGCUCGGACACAUCAGCAUCUUCUGUCAUCAAAGCACUUACAUCAAUCUUCACCAUCUUUGGUAUGCCUGCUUUUGUCCACUCCGACCAAGGUUCUGCUUUCAUGUCAAAAGAACUGAGUGAUUUCUUACACUCUAAAGGAAUCGCCACUAGCCGAUCUUCACCUUAUAACCCUCGAGCUACGAAUGAGACCCCACAUGAACGACUUUUCAAACACCAGAGACGAUCAUUUUAUGGCACCUCUCAACCUCAAUGGCUCAUGAAUCCAGGACCAGUAUUAGUGAGAAGGCAUGUAAGAAAUAACAAAUAUGAACCUUUAGUGGAACAAGCUCAGCUGAUAGAGGCUAAUCCAGACUAUGCUCGCAUCAAGUAUAGAGAUGGUAGAGAGGCUCUGGUAUCGGUGCGACAUCUCGCUCUGAAGCUAUCCAACAAGAGGAUGAGCCAGUGA